GUGACCUGUGCAACCAAGGCCUCAAAAGGGAAGGCUGGGCUCAGGCCGUGUGUCAGUGCGACCUGACAACAGGAGGAGAAGGCAGGGCAGGGACUCUGCUGCCCAGGGACCAGAGGAGCCCCACAGCUCAGGCUCCGGGCCUGUGCUGCAGGCUCCCCUGCCUCUCCCUGCCCAGAAUCAGCGGAGGAACAGCCAGAGCAGACUGCGGUGUUCCUCGAGGCGACGACGGGAGGAGAAGGCGGGCAGGAGCAGGGCUCACGCAGGGCUCAGCAGGGAGUAGUGCCCUCGUGGCUCUGGGCCUGUGCUGCAAACUCCCCACCCUCCUCUUUCUCCCAGACAGAGAGAACCAGCACCUGGAGGAGACUGUGACGUGUCUGGACAGGGACUCGCUGCUGACGGCUGCCAUGUGUGACAGCAAGCAGGAGGGCCCUGGUGCCAGGGAGCCAGUGUGCAUGCUGUGUCGCCGUGCAGAGGCUGACCCGGACAUCUGCGGUGACAAACUGGAGAAGCGCGGGCUCUGUGCCCACGUGUACUGCCUGUUCUUUGCCACUCUACUUUUCCGUCAAGAGAACAAGCACGUUGGACUCAUGGGAUUUCUUCCUCAAGAUAUCCAAAUUGCAGUGCGGCGGGCGGCACAAAAGCGCUGCUGCGUCUGUGGCCUGAGCAGGGCAGCCAUCAUGUGCUGCAUGGAGGGCUGUGACAGAUGGUUCCACCUGCCCUGUGCCAAGGAGGGUGGCUGCAUCACACAGUAUAUUCCAUAUUACAGCUCCUUCUGCCCUGAGCACUGUCCAGAGCAGGAUGUGGAGGCAACUCCAGAGCCGGGCACCGAUUGCCUCAUCUGCAUGGAGCCUGUGGAGGAUAGAAAGACCUUCAGAACCCUGGUGUGCCCAACGUGCAAAAGGGCCUGGUUCCACAGGGACUGCAUCCAGGGACAGGCCAUGCGCGCUGGUCUUUUAUAUUUCCGGUGCCCCCUGUGCAGAGACCAGGAGGCAUUCCUUGUUGAAAUGUUCAUCAUGGGGAUCCGAACCCCCUUGAGACUGCCAACAUGGGAGGACAACAAUGCCUUCGUGGAUCUAGGAGAGAGGCACAGCAGGUGCAAUGCCAGGGAUUGCCUUUACCCGGGAGGCAGGGAGGAGGCAGAGGAAGAGGGGCCCUGGGAACUGCUCCUGUGCUCCUCCUGCGCUGCUGAGGGCACCCACAGGCACUGCUCCGGCCUGAGAAACAGCGUACAGAGCUGGGAGUGUGACAGCUGUGCUGGUCUUGGAAUGGCCUCCAGAGAUGAGCCAGAGCUCAGUGGCCCCCGGCUGGCUAGUCAGUCAGGACUGGAGCCUGCUCACGGCUCCGCAGAAUCUGAGGCCAUCAGCCCCAGCUCCUGUGGCCCGGUGCCAUCGGGGCUGGAUCCCCAGGCUUCAUCUGCAGAGACCAGCAGCAGCAGCAGCCACCAACGCACAGCACGGCAGCAGUCUCUGCCAUCUCCCUCGCUGGACACCAGCAGCCCCAGCACACCAAGGUCAAUGUACAGCAGCACCCCUGAGCCUGAGGACAGCGGCCAUUCCAGACAUGCUGGGCCCGGCCGCAGGCGCACCCGCUCCCGCCAGCAAGGUCGGGCCUCCAAUGGACCAGUCCGAUCGAGGAGUUGCCGUGAGAGCUGCAGCAGGACGAGACCAAGGACUGAGAGGCCCAGGCAAAGGGAGACACCUUCACAGGCAUCCCCCAGACGCCGCCGCUCCUGCCAGCAGCACCGGGCCCUCAGUCCACCUGUCCGGUCCAGGAGUCGUCGUGACAGCAGCCACAGGACAGCACCAAGGACUGAGAGGCCCAGGCAAAGGGAGACUCCAUCAGGGACAUCGCCCAGACGCAGAAGCUCCCGCCUGCAGCGCCGGGCCUCAAAUCAACCUCUCCGGUCCAGGAGUCGCCAGGACAGGAGCAGGAGGAGAGCAGCAAGUGCUGAAAUGCCCAGGCGCACGGGGACACCAUCAGGGAGGACCCACAGGAGCAACCGCUCCCGCCAGCAGCGUCGGGCCUCAACUGGGACCUCCAACAGCAGCGCGUAGCCUCAACUUUUCUUUCUAGUCCAUCAGUUCACUGCCGGAAGUGAAGGUAUUAAGUGAAAAGUCACUUAAAUGAUUAAGAAGGACUCUUCUUCCGGCCUUUCGACUCCAAGCUGAGAUGUUUCCCCACUGCUCACUCUUGAGUGAACCUCUCCUUAAUGGGCUUGGAUACAGUUAGGGAGAUGUUCAGAGCAAGGUGUGUCUUAGGGAAGCUGUCUUUGGAAAGGUCAUGCACUGUUUUGCUAUCCUUGAACAAACUCAUUUCAGUAAAGCCAAAAGAAAGAAGAAAGAAGAGAGCGAGACACUGCCUCAAGUGUCUGAAGAAAUCCAUUACUUUAUUGCUCCUGACUUAAAAGAUUUGUUUGGAGCUUCAAAGAACAAACCAGAAAAGACUGUGGAAAUACCCUGGGACAAAGAGGAUGCACAGGACUCUGCCCCAGGUGACCAUCUGGAACCUUUGCCCAAGAACGACGCAGCUCAGGAGUCGAGCACGUCCAAGUUUUCCUUCUUUGGAGACACAGAGGAGUUGGGCAUCAAAGAAGGGAGAACGGUGACACACCAGUCAUAUCAAGUUUCAGAGAACCCAACAAGAUUUUAAAGGAAAUGUGUGUUAAUGUAGAGGGAGGAGCAAAAGCCUGGAGUUGACCGCAAGAUCCAUGAACAUUCUGCUUGUUACUGAAUUCUAUUCUUGGACCUUUAGAAAAAGGAAAAUGAAUGACACAUGAUCGUUGGAAUGUUCUAACUGUAGAUAAAAUGAGGCCUUAUGAAAAGAAGACGAAACAACAUUAAAUCGAGUCACAGUCCUGUAGGAGAGAAAAGAAAGCGUGUGAAGUUAUCUAAAAUAUUUUUAAAAAACCAAUGCAAAAAUGCAAAGCAAGGACCCCUCACACUUGUGCUGAAUUCAGAAGGUAUUCAGUGUCUUCUGAAUGCAACGAUACAUUCAUUAGAAUACAGCAGAGAUCCCGAGAACAGAGUGCAAAAUCCUGGAGCCGAGAUGUAGCUCAGAAAAUCUGGCAGAAGCAGAUUCUGUCCUUCCUACAUCUGUCUUCUCCACUUCUUGCAGACUCGGAACAAUAAAGCCGGUAAAAGUCACAUGGCAAGAGGAUUCACGUUUCCGAGACGGCAGUUCUGAGAAUGAUGGUGAGCCUGAGACGUGAGAAACUGAAAAGGACCAAGAAAUGCAAGUUCCAUUUCUAUUUGCUGUCUACCUGGCUGUAGUAGUUGGAUGCUAUGGGAAUAUUAAUAGCAGCACUCAGGGAAUGGGAAACUGAGAUUGCACACCUCUGAGCAAUGAAAGUCAUCUUGGAAAACCAUUUGUGCUGCCCAGAGUAAAAACUCCAAGCAGCCCAUGUGAUGUGAAGUUGAAUAUUAAAAGAGAGAUGUUGAGCGCAAGAAAUUAACUGGCUCAUU